AGUACUACUAGUAUAUCCACCAAUCCAGGGUAGGUGCGGACAGACAGGGCAUCUGCAUUUGCCUUUUGGCGCGGGGCAGACACCCAGAGGCCGGGCCCCGGCAGGCAUCGUACCUAUCUUGGCAUCGGAGCCGGAGCGAACCCACAUCCAAAACCUAGCGAGCGAGGCAUCCCUUUCACUCCUCAAGUUCUCAUCCGGAUGGCUUUGGCAUAGAUAGUUGUCCCUCCAAGCCAGCCGGGUCUAGAUCUUGUCGUCUCCACCAGAUCCCAGGCAGAGCAGUUGGUUACUUGGCUGAUCCGGGUUGGGUGACACGUUCUGCUCUCCCGCUCCCGCUCCAGACACCACCGCACGAACCCAAUCGAGACAGAGAUGCUGAGCCGCUACUUUGGCCGCGCCGACGCCGGCGCCGCCGAGGACCCGGCGCCGGAGCCCUUCUCCUUCCCCGAGCCCCUCCCGACGUGGCCGCAAGGUGGCGGGUUCGCGCGGGGCAGGAUCCGCGUGGCCGGAGGGGAGCUGGAGCUCGCCGCGGCCACGGCCUUCGACAAAAUCUGCACCCUGUCGCCUUCGGCGCGGCUGCAGCGCUGCAACGGCGCCACCUUCUACCGGCCGGCCGGCGUCCCCGAGGGCUUCACAGUGCUGGGCCACUACUGCCAGCCCAACAGCCGCCGGCUCCACGGCCACCUCCUCGUCGCCAGGGCCGCCGACCCGCCGCGCUCCACGGAGCCGCCUCUCCGCGCGCCGCGGGACUAUGAGCUCGUCUGGGCCUUCCACGCCACCGGCGCGAGCGCGGGCGCGGGCUCUUGCGCCGGCUACGGCCGCAGCGACGCCUACUUCUGGCUCCCCGUGCCGCCGGAGGGGUACCGGGCGCUCGGGAUCCUCGUCACGACGGAGCCCGGCAAGCCGGCGCUCGACGCGGUGGGCUGCGUGCGCGCCGACCUCACCGACGAGUGCGAGCCGCACAGCUCGCUGCUCCACCUGCAGCUCACGCGCCCGACGUCGGCGUCGCCCGGGAAGUCCUUCGCCGUGCGUGGCGUGAGGCCGCUGAAAAGAGGGAUGCGGGAGAAGGGCAUCGGCGCGGGCACUUUCUGGUGCGCCGCCGCGGACGGGUGCUCGUCCCCGGCCCCGAGCGAGCAGGGCCUCGCGUGCCUCAAGAACGUCGACCUCGACCUGUCGGCGAUGCCGACCCUGGAGCAGGUGCACGCCGUGAUCCAGCAUUACGGGCCCACGCUCUACUUCCACCCGAAAGAGGUCUACCUGCCGUCGUCCGUCGCCUGGUACUUCAAGAACGGGGCCAAGCUGUUCAAGAAAGGAGGGGGCGCCGUCGGCGAGGAGAUCGACGCCGAGGGGUCCAACCUCCCGGGCGGCGGGUGGAACGACGGGGAGUACUGGAUGGACAUACCGGAGGGCAAGAGGAGGCAGGCGGUCAUCCGCGGCGACAUGGAGAGCGCGGAGCUGUACGCGCACGUGAAGCCGGCGAUGGGCGGGGCGUGCACCGACGUGGCCAUGUGGGUGUUCUGCCCGUUCAACGGCCCGGCCAGGCUGAAGCUCGGCCUCAUCAACCUCCCGCUGGGCACGACCGGGCAGCACGUCGGCGACUGGGAGCACUUCACGCUCCGGGUCAGCAACUUCACCGGCGAGCUCAUGGCCGUCUACUACUCGCAGCACAGCGGGGGCAGGUGGGUGGACGCGGCCAAGCUGGAGUACGCCGCGGGGAACAGGCCGGCGGUGUACUCGUCCCGGAACGGGCACGCGAGCUACCCGCGCGCCGGCGUGUACCUGCAGGGCUCGGCGGCGCUCGGGGUCGGGAUCCUGAACGAGGCCGCCCGGAGCAAGCUGUCCGUCGACUCCAGCGUCAGGUACCGCGUGGUGGCGGCGGAGUACCUGGGAGACGGCAUCGUGGCCGAGCCCCAGUGGCUGCAGUUCAUGCGGGAGUGGGGGCCGACGGUGAUCUACAGGUCGAGGACGGGGACGGAGCGGAUGGUCAAGAGUAUGCCCCAGCGGCUCAGUUGUCCGGCGGAGAACAUGCUGAACAAGAUGCCGAACGAGCUCUCCAAAGAGGAAGGCCCGACCGGGCCCAAGGAGAAGAAUAUGUGGGAGGGAGAUGAAAGAUGGUAGGCGUAGAAUGAAGUGUGCUGGCUUGAUAUCCUGAUUGUUGGGACGAUUGUAUUUGUAUUGUAACAUGACCAGAACUAGAUUCUUGCUGGUAACACGAAUUGUGAGCGUUUGUAUCCUCCAA